AUGAGUGUGCAGAUUUUUGGUGAUCAAGUCACAGAGGAAAGAGCUGAAAAUGCUCGUAUGUCGGCGUUCGUCGGCGCAAUCGCUGUGGGCGAUCUAGUCAAAACUACUUUGGGACCCAAGGGUAUGGACAAACUGCUGCAAAGUGCCAGCAGCGAUUCUUGCAUGGUUACAAACGAUGGUGCUACCAUCCUCAAAGCCAUUCCACUUGACAACCCCGCUGCCAAAGUACUGGUUAACAUUAGUAAAGUGCAGGACGACGAGGUGGGUGACGGAACCACGAGUGUAACAGUUUUGAGUGCUGAGCUGUUGAGAGAAGCUGAAAAACUGAUUGAUCAGGGCAAAAUCCACCCUCAGACUAUCAUCGAAGGUUUCAGAAUAGCAUCAAGCGCCGCUUUGAGCGCUUUGGAGAAAACUGCUGUCGACAACUCCGCCAACAAGGAAGGAUUUUACCAAGAUUUGGUCUCCAUUGCCAAGACUACUCUCUCGUCCAAAAUUUUGUCUCAAGACAAAGAUCAUUUCUCCAAGCUAGCUGCCGAUUCCAUUAUGAGAUUGGGAGUCACAGCUAACUUGGAACACAUUCAGGUUUUGAAAAUUAUUGGUAGCAGACUUUCUGACUCUUUCCUAGAUGAGGGAUUCAUAUUACCUAAAAGAUUCGGCAAUAACCAGCCUAAGCGCCUUGAGAAUGCCAAGAUUCUAAUUGCCAAUACCUCCUUAGAUACUGACAAAGUAAAGAUCUUUGGUGCUAAAUUCAAGGUUGAUUCUACUUCCAAACUUGCCCAAUUGGAGAAAGCAGAAAAGGCCAAAAUGAAAAAUAAAAUUGAUAAAAUCUCCAAAUUCGGUAUCAACACAUUCAUCAACAGACAGCUUAUCUACGACUACCCCGAGCAACUAUUUACCGAUCAAGGAAUCAACUCCAUCGAACACGCAGACUUUGAGGGUGUUGAAAGGUUGGCUCUUGUAACAGGUGGUGAGGUCGUGUCUACUUUUGACAAUCCUGAAAAAUGUAAGUUGGGUGAGUGUGAUGUAAUUGAAGAGAUAAUGAUUGGUGAGCAAAUUUUCACCAAAUUUAGUGGAUGCAAAGCAGGCGAAGCUUGCACAAUUGUAUUAAGAGGUGCGACUGAACAAGUUUUAGAUGAAGCUGAGAGAUCAUUGCAUGACGCGCUGUCAGUUUUAUCGCAAACUACUAAAGAAACUAGAACUGUGCUUGGAGGUGGGUGUGCGGAGAUGAUCAUGUCCAAAGCCGUUGACACGGCUGCUCAAAACGUUGAUGGUAAAAAAGCCUUUGCUGUCGAAGCUUUUGCACGCGCUUUGAGACAACUUCCAACAAUUUUGGCAGACAAUGCUGGUUUUGAUAGCAGUGAAUUAGUGUCCAAAUUAAGAUCCUCUAUCUACAACGGUAUGACUACCUCUGGUCUCGAUUUGAAUAACGGGACUAUAGCUGAUAUGAGAGAAAUGGGUGUCAUCGAGAGUUAUAAGUUGAAGAAAGCGGUGGUAAGCUCAGCAUCUGAAGCCGCAGAGGUUCUCCUGAGGGUAGAUAACAUCAUUCGCGCUAAACCAAGAACUGCUAACAGACAGCAAAUGUAA